AUGAGUUGUACUAGUGCCGACAACUCUGGUGACGCUCUUAUAUGUGUGAAACGUUGCAACAGUUUAUCAAGUGUGAUAGAGCAGGUUUCUAAGCUCAUCAAUUACUAUUCAAAAGUUGUACAAGCAGAAAAGGCGGAACGAGAACAGAGGAAACUCUUUCAACGUCGUGCCAGGCUUAGUCUUGGUCUUGCCGAGACAAAACUAGCUCGACUUGGCGGACGUCGUUCGAGUUUAGGCACAAAGUCUACUUCCACUCCAAAACGUAAUUUUAAGUCAGUUGCAGUUGAUGUUGAAGACGUUGCCAGUAAGGCUAGUGAGAAUGUAGAGCCGCUGUCGGAUGAUUUUUAUACAAAACCAGUGGACAUCUCUGAAACUACAACACUAAGGCAACGUUUUCAACAACCUCUUUCUCAACCGAGACUAGUCAAUGAUCUCUUGCCGCGGAAAGCACAUUUAACGGCUCGUUAUUCAAUGCGCUGUCGAGAAUGUGAGCACAAUUUGAGUAAACCAGAUUUCAAUCCAAGUCUCACUCGGUUUAAGAUACAACUGAUUGCAAUGCAUUAUGUUCCACAUUUACGUGUUGCUCGACUCCCUCCACUCUGUUAUAACCAGGAAGAGACUGUAAUUAUGUCAUUAUAUAACCCUUUGCAACACGCUGUCCCAAUUCAGCUUGAGCUUUCUUCUGCCGAAGAGGAGAGAAUUCCCCAAGCUACAGCUGAGGUAACGCUGCCAGACAGUGAAUUGAUUGUUGCAGCAAAAGAGGACGCUAUUGACUACGGAGAUAUCGAACCAACUCAAUACGAUGAUGAUCCAAAAAUUAUCCAUUUCCGCAAAGCUAACCGUUUACAAUUCUACAUCAAAGUGAAACCUCUAAAGGCUGUAGGAAAUGUGCAGUUCUCCUGCCACAUGAAGUAUGACUAUCACUCAAAGACAAGUUUAGCUUUACGCUCCAGCUCUCAUGAUCAACCAGAGAUGGUGCCACUUGAUCUAUGUGUUGAUAUUAACUUGGGACUAGUAAGUCUACCCAAACCGACUGUUGAUAAUGUGUCACUUGAAUGACAUCAAAUGCUCUAGUUGUUGUUUGGGUGCUGACUAGGAUCCCUAAAACUUAUAAAUGAAGUUUAGUUAUUAUCAAACCAAGUAACACAAGUUGAAUUUGUCAAAUUUUGAAACUUUUGCUGUUUGUGAUAAAUAUUAAUAGUUUAUGAGGAUCCCCUUCA